CUUUUAAAAUUUUAGUACAACUCAUGUAACGAAAAAAAAACUAAAUUUCAACCACCAUAAAAUAGUCAAACUCUGUAAAUCCUUCCGCAUCGAUUUCUGAAAACCGUGGAAAAAUGGCUUCUCUUGCUUGCGCAAACAAUGAAAAAUACAAUCAAAUGAAGGAAGCAGCUGCUUAUUUAUUGGCCCGCACUGAUAUACGUCCUAGAAUCGGUAUAGUUUGUGGCAGUGGUCUUAGUAACUUAGCGGAAGAGUUUACAGAUGCAGAAUCUUUCCAAUACAGAAGAAUCCCACAUUUUCCUAUAUCGACUGUAGAUGGUCAUGCUGGACGUUUAGUUUUCGGUUAUAUUGAAAAUAUUCCUCUGUUGGCAAUGAAGGGAUGCUUUCAUCAUUUUGAAGGAUAUUCGCUACCAAUAUGCACGUUUCCUAUACGAGUAAUGAAAUUGGUUGGUAUUGAAAUAUUAAUUAUAACAAAUGCAUCUGGUGGUGUCAAUGAGAAAUAUAACAUCGGUGAUAUUAUGUUAUUACGCGAUCAUAUCAAUUUUCCGGGUCUUUGUGGCAAGAGUCCACUAAACGGUGCUAACUUUACUGACUUCGGUCCACGUUUUCCGCCCAUGGCAAAUACAUACGAUAAGGAGCUGCGCGAGAUUGCGGUAAGGGUAGCAGAUGAAAUGAAAAUUAAUAAGUUUUUUCAUGUCGGUAUUUAUGCUUGUGUUGGCGGUCCGAGCUGUGAAACCAUUGCAGAACAACAAAUGAUGCGAUUAUUUGAAAUUGAUGCUGUCGGUAUGUCUAUGGUGCACGAAAUUUUAGUAGCUCGACACUGUAAGAUGCGGGUGUUAGCUUUUAGUAUAAUAACUACUGAAUCUAUUCUAGAAUAUGACCUAGAAGACACUAUUAAUCACGAAGAGAUAUUAGCAGUUAGCGAGAAUCGAGAAAAAGUUUGUUCUGAGUUUGUCCGUAAAUGUAUUCAUGAAAUCGAAUAUCCCCCCGAGUCAACAGAUAAUGUUGGUUCAUUAAUUAUAAAAAAGUAGAUCACAAAACAAAACUGUCACAAAAAGGGAAAAUUGUUUAAAUAAUGGUAAAUAUUAUUUUAGAAUACUUUAUAAAAAAAAUAUAGAUAAAAA